AAGUAUUAAGACAAUGAAAACGAUAAGAACUAAUUUUAAAGCCGCUGACCAUCAACGGUUGAGCAUUAUCGUUCUCAGAAUGUUAGUUUUCUUAUUCCGACUAGAAUCCUCGUUGUUGACCUUAUGUACCUUUCUGUUCCCAGAACAAAGGAAAAUCCCAUUGCUCUGCCCCAAGCUGAAAACCGCCUGAAUCAUCUAAACGUCGUAUUCACUCAUUUUGUGUUUAUUGAUUGUAGAAGAACUAGAAUCCCCUAUUUGCGAAAUUUAACAAACACAUACACAUGGUAGCCGACCCAUGAUGAUGAUGAUGCAGAAAAUCAACUACUGGUUAUCCGAGCAUCCCAAAAUAUUAAAAUUCAGGUGGAGCCAAACCCAAUCAUGGGGCUCCACCUGGUCCUUCCUCAUAUGUGCAAUCGUCAUCUACAUAGUCGCCGCCACAACCAUCCACCUCCUCCUCCUCCUCCUCAUUGGCCGCCGGAACCGCCGACCCAUCCCGCUCGGUCCAAUCCCAGCCAUUCACAGCCUCGCCAUGACUUUAAUCUCCACCGUCAUUUUCCUCGGAAUGCUCCUCUCCGCCGCCGCGGAGAUCCAAGACACACGGUGGUUCUUGCGCCGCACCAACACAACCCCUUUCCAAUGGCUUCUAUGUUUCCCUCGCGGGAUUCGACCUUCGGGACGCGUAUUCUUCUGGUCAUACGUCUUCUACCUCUCUCGCUUACUCCACCUGUUCCGUACAUUCUUCACGAUUUUCCAGCGUCGAAGGCUGUGUUUUAUCCAUCUAUUCAACCAGUCAAUCAUGAUCUUGGAGUCGUUUCUAUGGCUUGAAUUUUCGCAAUCGUUCCAGGUCUUGGCAAUAUUAAUCACGACCCCGCUUUACUCCGUAAUCUACGGGUACCAGUUCUGGACGGCGAUCGGUUUGCCAGAAGCGGGUUUCCCAUUGGUGGUGUAUUGCGAGGUUUUGAUGCUGGUUUUGAAUUUGGUUUCGCACGUGGGUGUUCUUCUUCUGCAUUUUCUCAAAGGCGGUGGCUGCAAUGGUUUUGGAGCCUGGACGUGUAACGCGGUGUUGAAUGGGAUUGUUCUUUUGCUUUUCUUGAAAUUCUACAUCAAAGUGCAUUUGAGAAAAAAUAGGGUCGUUUGGGGUGCUGUGGUUGGGAGCUCUGAUUCGUCCCAACGUAAAACCCCAGCUUCUGAUACGCAAGUCGAUGAGGUCCCAGCCCUUAAAGAAAAACUUAGUUGAUCGUGGCUUCAACAAUUAAUCAAUCCUUCCUUCCUUGUACAUAGUUGUUAUUUAUUUUUCAUUUUUCAUUUUUUAUUUGGUUAAAUAUGUAUAGCUGACAAUUUUUUAUUGGCUAAACUAGAUAUAGUUCACGUUUGGUUAAUAUAAAUCUUCCUUUUUUUGUUAUUAUUACUUUUAUGGUUA